AAGUGGUGAAGGGAAAGAAGGAGUGCUUUGCACAUCGUUUGACGAGGUUACGACACCCAGGAGAGCACGAAAGCAUUAGCGGGUGCGGCACAGCGACGAUACGGGUGGGCGAGACACGGCCCCGUAUUACGACACUGCAAGGGCUCACCUGUCUUCGGCUGAUUAAGCAACGAUGCUAGCCUGGAUUGUGGCUGUGCUGGCCUGCUUCGUGGCUUGCGUCACUGGGCAAGUCGGCUUCACCAUGACGCAGGCAGCCGUGGAUGGGAACUACCUCCGCUUCAGUCUGGUACCCACUAAUUAUCGAGCGGACAUUACAAAGGAACUGGGCGCGUUCCGGUGCAAUAUACCAGGAUUAUACCACUUCGCCUUCUCAGCCAUGGCGCCCAGCCACGGAGCCUUCCGCAUGUCCUUGCGCAGGAACCGCGUGCCCAUCGUCACGUCUUUCGCCAGCGACCACGGAUUCAGCUGGACAUCGAACAGCGCUUUGUUGUACCUGAACCCGAAUGACUUGGUCUACUUAUUCCUGGAGGAAGGCGAUAUCUAUGAAUCGACAGCUGUCAACCGCGCGUUCACAUCAUUCACGGGACAUUUGGUGAACGCUGACCACCUGAUGGGACGUAACAGUGGCGAUGAAGAUACCGGAGAGCCCGACGAGAUGGACGAUAUUUUUGAGAGGCUGUCGAGAAUAACGCGCAAUUGAACGCAUUUACGGUGUCUUUCCGUUUUAUGUAGAGCAGGGUCAUCGAAUAAAGUAGCCUGCCUAAG